UUUUUUUUUUUUAUUGCAGGAGAUAUGACAAAGAGUCAAGUUCUUCUCCGUUCUAAAAACUUUCCCAUUAUGAAUAUAUAUAAAGUGAACAGUAUAUAAUUUUUUUCUCUCUCUCUUUUUCUUUUUUUUACAACAAUUCCACACAUGCUUAAAAACUUCAUUAGCCCUUGCAUCAUCAGACCUUUAUCUGCUAAUAGGUCGAUUACCAAAAGAGCUUUUUCUACUACUUUUGUUAAAAGACAGGAGAUUACUAGUUCUAGCAACAGUAAACAGUAUGAAUUUAUUCUUACAGAGACAAGAGGUCAAGUUGGCCUUAUCACUUUGAAUCGUCCAAAGGCAUUAAAUGCUUUAUGCAGUGAUUUGUUUACUGAAAUUAAUGAUGCUCUUCGCUCUUAUGACAAAAAUGAUGGCAUUGGUGCUGUUGUCCUUACGGGCUCAAAGAAGGCAUUUGCUGCCGGAGCUGAUAUUAAGGAAAUGAAGGAUAACACUUUUGUUGAUACUUACAAGAAUAACUUCUUGGGUCAUUGGGCUGAAAUGACAGAAAUUAAAAAACCUAUUAUUGCUGCUGUUAAUGGUUAUGCUUUGGGUGGUGGUUGUGAAUUAGCUAUGAUGUGUGAUAUUAUUUAUGCCGGUGAUAAAGCUGUCUUUGGUCAACCUGAGAUUAAGUUAGGUAUCAUUCCUGGCGCAGGUGGUACACAACGUCUUGUAAAAGCUGUUGGUAAAUCUAAGGCAAUGGAAAUGAUUUUGACUGGUAAUGUUAAUUUAAAUGCUGCCGAGGCUCUUAACUUGGGUCUUGUCAGUAAGGUUAUUCCCGCUGAUGAACUUGUUGAUGAAGCUAUCAAGACUGCCUCUGUUAUUGCCAGUAUGAGCCAACCUUCUGUUCAAAUGGCUAAAGAAGCUAUAAACAAAUCUUUUGAGGUUUCUCUUAGUGCUGGUUUACGUUGGGAACGUGUCUUGUUUCAAGCUCUCUUUGGAACUGCUGACCAAAAAGAAGGCAUGUCCGCUUUUGUUGAAAAGAGAGCUGCUAACUUUACUCAUAAAUAAGCUUCAAUAUUCUAUUCUCAAACCUUCUUUUAUCUUUUAUUCCUUCCCUAUUGAUGAAUUGAAAAAAAAAGGGGGGAUAAUACAAUAAUAAAAAGUUCUUCGAUUGGUAA